AAGAGAUAUCCCUUCAUCUCUUUACAACCUACUUCUGUGCCGCAUUACUGUCGGCUCACCAGACAAAGAAGAAGAAGAAAUCACCAAAAACCUAAAUCAACAAUGGUGAAGUAUUCAAAGGAGCCCGAUAAUCCCACCAAGUCCUGCAAGGCUAGGGGGUCUGAUCUUCGUGUUCAUUUCAAGAACACUAGGGAAACAGCAUUCUCUUUAAGGAAGAUGCCUUUGGUUAAAGCCAAGAGGUAUUUGGAGGAUGUGUUGGCACACAAGCAAGCCAUUCCCUUCAGACGUUUCUGUGGUGGUGUUGGUAGGACUGCUCAAGCCAAGAACCGUCACUCAAAUGGACAAGGACGUUGGCCCGCUAAGUCCGCCAAGUUCAUCCUUGAUCUGCUUAAAAAUGCUGAGAGCAAUGCUGAUGUAAAAGGUUUGGACGUGGAUUCACUAUACAUUUCUCAUAUCCAAGUUAACCAAGCUCAGAAGCAGAGGCGUAGGACAUACCGUGCUCACGGAAGAAUUAACCCUUACAUGUCAUCUCCUUGUCACAUCGAGCUGACCUUGUCAGAGAAGGAAGAAGCAGUUAAGAAAGAGGCUGACACUCAAUUGGCACCAAGGAAGUCAAAGAAAUCUCAAGUUCUCCGUAGUGGUGCCUCAUCUUAAGCAGUAGACAGAGAUGAGUACUCAGAAAUGUAUUGGGUUCCGUUUUACUAUUUUGACAUUAGAAACCAUUUUGGUUGCUUUUAUAUAUGUUUCGACUUUUUUGUGUUUCUAUCAUAUGAAGAUUUUGGCUACUAUUAGUGAAUGUUUGUUUUGAGAGAUUUUCGUACAAGCAGGUUGUGCUAGAUUAAAAUCCUUUUUCUCUGAUGCUGUCCUAGAGUUGAAACAUUUGUUCUGAUAGAAAUCCUCUUAUCCAACUGAAAUGACAGUACUUACUGAGAUUCUGAUCCA